UAUGUAUAUUACCAUCAUGUAUUAACAUUUACAUCAUCCUUAAACCAGGUAAACAUUGAACUGUUAAAAUGAUAAAAUUCAAUAAUAAACGUGAUUAGAUAACACCCUUUGAAAUACUUUAUAAACUUGUUUUAGUUUAACAAUAGUCCAGGCAACUUCACCUCUGAUCAUUAAAUGAAAGACGGAUCUUAACAUGUUAAUUUUAAAUUGGAUUUAAAUACUUUGAUUGUUUUAUGGUAGGUGAUAAGAUUCAGUGUAUAAAGGGCACCCGCUUAAUUCAUGUAGAGAGUAUGAUUAAAUUAGGGGGCGGUAUCUCGGUUGUUUGUGUCAUACUAAAUAUUGGAUUAUCAUCGACAAACAAUGUGGAACCACAUACUACUGAAAAAGAUUCGCCCAGGAAACAAAGUACCGAAAAUCUGACGCCACACAUUACGCACAAGUUAAACAGUACUACAUCAACAAGAUCAGUUAUAUCCACAGCUUCAAAAUCGCUACAAAGUUCAACACCUUAUUUAGUGUCAACAGUAACUUCCACCUCCGUAUCGUCAUCUUAUUCAACCUCAAUACCAAUACAUUUUUCAACGACGUCAGUGUCUUCAAAAUAAAAUUCAUCGCUGAUUUCUACUUCUCCAAAACUUUCAAACGCACCAAUGACGUCACAAACAUCUUUGUCUACUUCAAAAAUGCGUUCACCAACAUCAAAUGAUUUUGCACCAAGCACAAUGCCUUUCAUCUCAUAUUCGGAUGAAUCUUCAACAAUGCCGUCUGCUAAUAAGACGUCGACUCAAAAUCCAGGUUUAGGAGGUUUGCACAUCAACACGGAUCUUGUGUUGGAAAUCGUUUUCAUUGUCAUUUGCCUCGCCAUUGCCGGAGGUUUCAUAACAUAUGUUCUUAAAAAGAAAGGAAUUAUACCCUGCCAACGAUGUAAAAGCUGUCUCCCUGGACGGCGCAGACGAUUAUCUUCAACAUCGAGUCGAGGACCUCUUACACAAGAUGAUGCAACCUUCGUCAAUAUCUCGGAUCCCCCGAGACAAGAGCGAGAACUUUUCUCAAUUGGAGACCAAGAUGGCGGACAAGAUGGCCGACAAAGAUCUAUGCAGCGACGUGGCACGGAGGAUGAUUACUUUUAUGAUGAAAUUUUUGGACAGUCAGCGUUUGUUGAUGAAACAACGAAUAGAGCUAACACUUAUUUAUCAGUUGCUGAUGAUGACGAUGAUGAUAUACUUAGCGGUUUGAACGUCCCAGAUCUUGUUUUUAAAACACCAAACAAAAUGUGAAAAUUGAAAAUGAAUUCUGAGUUUGAUAUUAUGUGCUUAAGUAACCAGAAACAGUUUUGCUAAGAUAUAAGAAAUCAUGAAAUUUACAUGUUAAUAUUAAUGUUUAUACCCUCUAACACGGAUACCAUCAGGCAUAAAGUAAAUUAUAUUUAAAACAUUGUGAUGCACAUUGGGCACAUAUUGACCCAUUUGUUCAAAGAAUUUAUUAGGAAAUGGGAGAAUGCAUACAGUGCCUGUUUGUUUGUUUGUGUGUUUGUUUCUUUUGUGGCAACUGUUCAGCAAAUGUGGCUUAGAAUUGCCGCAUUGACUAUUGAUACUCUCAUGUGCAAAAUUGAUUUGCAUAUCAUUUCAUUUCAUUACAUUUUUAUACUAUCUUUAUAUAUUUAAAAUAACAAUAUACAUUAUUUUGCAUAUUUUUUUAUUAAUUUUUCACAAAAUAUUACAUUACUGUUCAUUCCUAUAGACACGUGUCUUAUCAAAUAUAUUCAUAAAUGUGUCUUUUAGAUAUGCAUCAUGCCAUUUACAUUUUCAAAAUUAUAUUAAAUACAGACGUGUAUUAUAACGUGCAAUAACUCUAUACAAUUAAAACGUUUUGUUCAACAUUAAAAAAUGAAGAGAGUUUAUCAAUUAAAGUAAUUGGUUCAUGUUACAAAAGAGUUUACUUUAUAUCGUUUCAUUAUCUAAACUCCCCGCAGCGGUUACUUCCCCUGAUCCGUACGGAAACCACUGCCACCACGUCAGAGGCAAUACAUGUAUAUUUUUUCACUUUUAAUUUUAUAAUAGAAUACUUUAUAUAAUUUUAGUUUCUUUCAUUAAAUUGCUAUGCUUAUUGUACAAGAAUGUAAAAAA